AUGUCUGCCCAGAACUCAGCUGGUAUUCAACAGCUGCUCAACGCUGAGCAAGAUGCUUCCAAGAUUGUCCAGAAAGCCCGAGAAUACCGUACCAAGCGCGUCAGGGAAGCUCGCGAUGAGGCCAAGCAAGAGAUAACCGACUACAAGGCUAAGAAGGAAGACGAAUAUAAGAAAUUCGAGGCCGAGCACAGCAAGGGCAACGAGCAAGCCGAGGCCGAGGCCAACCAGGAAGCCGAGAAGCAAAUCAAGAGCAUCCAGGAGGCUGGCAAGAAGGGGCAAGCUCAGGUCAUCAAGAACCUCCUCAGCUCCGUCUUCGACGUCAACCCCGUCGCCCCCACCAAGUCCUGA